AUGGCCACUCUGAAGUUUGUUAAUUCUGUAUGGCAGUCGUUCAGGGCUACAUCGGGAUUAGAGCCGAGGCUCCUCAACAAUCUGCGAGUGACCGCCGCUCGGCCUGGGACGGUCAACUUUGAGCUCAACAUUGAGAAGGAUCACACAAACCGUUUGAAUAUCCUCCAUGGCGGUACCAUUGCCAGCAUGGUUGAUCUCGGUGGCUCACUUGCAGUUGCUUCCAGAGGACUAUAUUCCACUGGUGUUUCAACAGACUUGAACGUCACCUAUUUGAGUUCAGGUGGGAAAGUGGGAGACACAAUCCGAGCUGAGGUCUCGUGCGAUAAAUUCGGGAAAACCCUGGCAUAUACUUCUAUUAAAUUUUUGAACGACAAAGACCAGGUCUUCGCCCGUGGCAGUCAUACAAAAUACGUUGCGCUUGCGUUCAAAGACCCUCAAAACAUUGUCGAGCAACUGAAAUCAUCAAAUGAGUCUUCAUAG